GUCAUGCAGCAGAUGGCUUCGACUGGCGGAAUGUACAAGGAGAUGGUGUUCGACACUUACCAUAUCUUCGACCCCUACGAUGACGGCAUCGAUGUCAAGGAGCUGCAGCAGGCAGCCAAUCAGUAUGGCAUCACGUCCCUCCAAGGGCAGAAGGCUGUUAUGCUCAUGAAGAAGUACAACACUGACAACAAGGGUGGCAUCGACAUCCACGAGUAUGAGGGCCUUGUGACGGAUCCCUCCCUUCCAGGCUUGAUGACGACGAUCCUCCGUACUUACUCGAACCGGCUUGCUUCCGUCGGCUCCGAGCUGAAAGUGGUGAAGCUGCGUGCGGAGGUGGCAACUGCAGUGGUGGAUUAUUUGACCCUUGUGGCCAGCAAGAACCUCACGAAGGUUGGUUGGGUGACGAGCCGUCUCGUCAGCGGCGAACUCCCGCUGGAGUUCACCGCCGAUGUUUUCUAUGAGUUGUACAAAGCCAACACGGAUUCCAACAACAUGUCGCCCAUCGAUGUGGGAUCUCUUAUCAUCAACUACACCUUGCACGAAAACCCGACUCAGGUCAUUGCUGCAGUGGACCUGAUUGCUGACCCUGCCUUCUUCGCGGGAGAGGGCUUCGAUAUCACCAUCGCAGAUGAAACUGUGAGCCAGGUAGUCUCCUGGAUUGAGAUGUCCGACUGGGGCAAGGCGGCGCUACUGAAGCUAGCGAAGGUGAAGCCCAGCAACGGCCAGACUUUUGCAGAGGCCUACGACGAGGAGGUGAAGGCACGGGAAGUGAAGUACUCGACAGCAAACGGCCUUGGCUCCCCGGAAGCCAACGGCUAUCACACCCAAGCCGCGCAAACGCUGAGGAACGUUCUCCUGGGUGGCCCGGCU